CGAGAGAGAGAAAGUCUUCGAGAGAGAGAGAAGAGAAGAGAAGUUUGCGCAGAGACUGAAAGAAAGAAUGGCGAUGGAAGUAGCAACACCGGCACCUGCACCGAUCCCAGCACCGGAGAUAAACAUCGUCCUCACGCCGCCAACGACGGCCAUUGCUGAGACUCACAAGAAGAACAGGAUCCAAGUCUCCAACACGAAGAAACCAUUGUUCUUCUACGUUAAUCUUGCCAAGAGGUACAUUCAGCAACACAACGAGGUCGAACUCUCUGCACUUGGAAUGGCAAUCACAACUGUGGUAACCAUCUCUGAGAUCUUGAAGAACAAUGGACUGGCAACAGAGAAGAAAGUGUUGACAUCGACUGUGGGAAUGAAGGACGAGACCAAAGGAAGGAUGGUGCAGAAGGCAAAGGCGAGUUUUAUCUCUUUCAUAUCUCCUUUUAGUAACUGCUUAAUUAACUUAUUAUCUAACAUUAUUGAGAUUGUUUUGGGCAAGUCAGACAAGUUUGACUCUUUGGUGCCACCAGUGACCAACGGAAAAACUCCGGAGGAAGAAGCUAAUGCAGAGACAGAGGCGGCUGUUGAAGUACAGGAAGAAGCUGCCGCAGCCACUGAGGCC